AAUUCUUUGUGUAGUAUUACUCUUAUCAGUCAUUUUAUGAUUUGUGUAUAUAAUAAAAAUGUUUAGUUAUAUGAUCCUUUAAUAAACAAAACUAAUAUUAAAAAUCUUUUCUUUUGAUUUAUUCUAAGAGCAAAUGACUGACAGAGUGCACCACUAACAUGAGUUGAUUCAGGUUGAUUUUUUUUCCAUUAAUGAAGUCACAUGCUGUCGUGGUUGAUGAGUCAUAAAAUAUAAAGCCUUCAUGUGUACUGUACUUCACGUACAGACUCGCUUGUCAUAAAAAUUAAUAGACUAGCACAGGACAUCGAAGUAAACAAGCCACAUAUCAUUGUCCUUCACGUGAAAGUUGAGGUUAUGAUAUAAAAUAAACCCAAUUUAUUACAAUUUUCUAAUGAUUUCCUGGCUAAACGACAUCGGUACUAACAUCUUUCAACUUCAUCACUGGAACAUCAUAAGACAAUUUAACAAUUGGAACAUGGAACCUCGUGUUCCAUUCGAUGAGAAUGGAGAUAAUGGUUUGAUUAUGGGGCAAAUGUACAUUCCAGAGGAAUUACUUUCAGAAAUACUAUUUUACGUAGAUCCAGACAGUCUUUUAAAUUGCAAACUAGUCUGCAAACGAUGGAACGUAUUGAUUCAAACUUACAUAUGGCGCAAAAAAGCAGAAGCUAUAGUGAACGGACCAUUACCACUGGGUAAAGAUAUACCCUGGUAUGUGUAUUAUGCCAUUUGCGCAAAGAAAUCAUUUGAAAGGAAUUUAUUGAAAAAUCAUUCUGGCCAAUAUGGUAAUAAGCAUUGGAAAAUUUUGAGUGAUGGUGGGAAUUGUUGGAAAGUCGAGUGUCCACCAGUUGGUGUGCCAGAUUUGCCAGAUGAUCCUGUUUUUGAAAAAAAGCAACAUUGCUUUGUGACAUCCUAUGAUCAUUGUACGAAAGAACAAACAGUGGACUUAAUAGCUGAAGGAUUGUCGUCGCAUCUGCUGGACAGCUUGCAACCACCUAUAGUGGUAAGUGAAUGGUAUGCCAGUAGAUGGGAUUGCCCUGCUGUUUAUGAAUGUUCUGCAAGAUUACUGGGAGAAGAUAAAUCGAUAUUAGACUCUUUCCAAUUCCAUGAUAUAAUAGAAACAGAAAAACAGAAUAAAUGGUUACAUAUGUCACACGAGUUUAGAAAUUAUGGCUCUGGCGUAAGAAAAGUUAGUUUUUAUCACGGAGGAAUGGACAGAAUGUUCUGGGCAGGCCACUAUGGAAGUAAAAUGGCGGGAGCAUGUGUACUCGUAAAAAUACCAGAAUCUCAAAAGUGUGAUAACGACGAUUCAGAAGAUUCAUUACUUGAUGUCGAUUAAUGCUGCUCGAAUAAUAUUUAAGUAAGCAUGUUUAUCUCUGUAUCUCAUAUGACAUAACGGUAUUGUAUUGCUGCUUUUUUACAAAAUAAGUUAUUUUUUUAUGCUUGUACAUAAUUUAAGUCUGGAAAAACACUGCUAAAAAAAAUAUUUAUUUUUUUUACAUGCAUUUCUGUUACUCAACAAAUUAAAUUUUCUGCAAUUUUAUCCGAAGUAUAACAUUGUUACACAAAUUGGCUUUGCACGUAUCACUGUUUAUAUUAAAUACUUUGAUUCAAAUUGAAAUGUAAUCUUUUAACCAGGUUAAAGAACUUGGGCGCAACGACUGAAACGUUAAAUCUCGUACAAUGAGAUUUGAUGCCCACGAGUACUUGAAAUCAGUGUACUACUACUGCAAACUGUUAGUUAUUACUGUUACUUCAGUAAUAGUUGACGUUAAGAGUUAUUAUAUUUAUUAUAUUAUAUUUAUAACUCUGACUGACUGACUGACUGACUGACUGACUGACUGACUGAUUGACAGACACACACGCGCGCGAAAAAAAAAAAGAUAUAUAUAUUUCUUAAUAUUGUAAUGCAAAAAUAGUAUUUUACAUUGGAAUAAGGGUGAUUAAUAUUUAAUAGAUUAUGUGAUUAUUGGCGAUUUAUCCUGAAUUGUGAAGUUCUAUGUGAUUAAUAAUAUAGUGAUAAUACAAUUUAACAUUUACACUGGCACAGAAAUUUUCGUCUAUCUCUCCAAAGAUAGUCGUUUGUUGAUUUCUAUUAUUAUUUACUUUUUAAACUGCUCUAAAUUGUACAUAGCAGAUCACUAUAACAAUAUCCUACAUUUAAAUAAAACGAUAUUAACUCCUA